CGGCCGGUUUCCGGCAGCCCGCCAUUUGCUAGCCCUGCUAGUCGCUUGUGUUCGCCACAUGUUUGUCCGGAGCCAGAUCUUCCUGUAGACUGCUCUCCGUCCACUCGUACCGCACGCAGGCUGGUCCGCGGGCUCCGCCGCCAUCACAGGUUCCCCAUCAGGUCCAUGGUGUGAGGUUUGCUGCUCGCUGGAGGAGAGAAGAGAAAGAUGACGCAGUUUUUACCGCCGAACCUGCUGGCGCUCUUUGCUCCUCGGGACCCAAUACCGUUUCUGCCCCAGUUAGAGAAGUUACCCCAUGAGAAGCACCACAACCAGCCCUACUGCGGCAUCGCCCCCUUCAUCAGACACUUCGAGGACCCGAGAGAUGCUCCUCCACCAACACGAGCAGAAACCCGCGAGGAGCGUCUGGAGAGAAAGAGACGAGAGAAAAUUGAGAGGCGACAGACAGAAGUAGAGACAGAACUCAAACUCUGGGACCCCCAUAAUGACACAAAUGCACAAGGAGAUGCCUUCAAGACCUUGUUUGUCGCCCGAGUGAACUAUGACACUACAGAGUCCAAACUUCGCCGUGAGUUUGAAGUCUACGGGCCCAUCAAACGGAUUUACAUCGUCUACAACAAGAGGACGGGGAAGCCCCGCGGCUACGCCUUCAUAGAGUAUGAACAUGAACGAGACAUGCACUCUGCCUACAAGCACGCCGACGGGAAGAAGAUCGACGGCAGGAGGGUGCUGGUGGACGUGGAGCGAGGGCGCACCGUCAAAGGAUGGCUUCCUCGCAGGCUAGGUGGGGGACUGGGUGGUACCAGGAGAGGCGGCGCUGACGUCAACAUCAAGCACUCUGGUCGAGACGACGCGUCGCGAUACGACGACCGUCCUAUCGGCGGCGACCGAGACCGAGGAGAGAGGAGGGAGCGCAGCCGCGACCGGGACAAGGAGAGGGAGCGCCGCCGGUCCCGCUCUCGCGACAGACGACGACAUUCCCGGGAAAGGGAAGGCAGAGCCGAAGGCAGAGCCGAAGGCAGAGCGGAGCGAGAGCGCCCGGUGCCCGCUGUGGAAGACAACACCGGUAGCAGCCGGCGUCGCGAACGUGAGCGGGAGCGCGUGGGAGGAGGGGCGGCAGCGGCGGCCGGGGCGGGGGGAGACAGCCGGAGCAGGGAGAGGAGCAGAGACCGCAAGAGGAGGAGCAGGAGCCGCGACCGCAAGAGGGAGAGGGAGCGGGGCAAGGGCCCGGAGGGGGAGGAGGCCGGCCAGCCGGACGGCCCCGCAGACGGAGCCGAGCGGGGAAACGAGUCAAGGGCUGAGCGGGGAAAUGAUCGGGGGGCCGAGCGGGGAGCAGAGCGGGGAGCAGAGCGGGCCGAGCGGGGCCCCGAGGAGCACGAGGCCGAAGCGGGCGAGGGCGGGGACGAGCGCAGGGACCGGGACAGGGACAGAGACCGCGACAGAGACAGGGACAGGAGGCGCAGCCACAGGGACAGGGACAGGCGCAGGGACCGGGACCGGGGGGAUAGAGAGCACAAGCGGGACCGGGGGGAUAGAGAGCGGGGCGAGCGGCGGGAGGAGCGCCACGGCUCGUCGCGGGAGGACACGGGCCCCCAGGACGAGGCCGGCAACGAGGAGGACGGCGGCGCGGCGCCACACAUGGAGGAGUACAGCCAGGACGGGCUGAUGGACCAGCAGCUGGUCCCGUCGGCCGACGGCUACGGCUCCAGCGAGAACGGCUACAAGAUGGACGCACCGGGAGACGAGUACUGAGACGCCAGCGCUAGAUUCCUUGUUUUAUAGUGUCCUCGGCCCGGCCCCCGGGACCCCCGAGUGUCAACCGUCUAGUUAGCGUCCCGUCACUCUGUCGUAAUAUUCCAUUUCAUAUCAUCGCACGAUUUGAUCUCACUUCAGAGGCCGUUUCCCGUGUACCUGCCGCUAAACUCUGGAUUCUUCGUGUUCUAGUUUUUGGUUUUGUUUCCUUUGGGGGGGAGGCUGGGGGGGGUGGGAGAAACUGAGCUCGGUUAAUUUUGAAUGAUUUCCAGAUUGACACGGCAGUUGCUGUGUGCUCAUUUGUGUAUGUGAAAUGAAAGGAAAUGUAGUACUGCAGCGGCUCCGGCUGCCACUUCACUCUGGAAUACUUUGGGGUGUUUUUUAUUUUAAUUAUUUCUGCUGUUGAUAGAUUUUCAGGAUCAUUUUAAUAAAGAUGUGACUUGACAGCAGA